AUGCACCCUCUAAACCCUUUCCUUCGUGCCUUCUUCCGAAGCACUGUUCCCGGGCAGUGUAUACCCGUGGAGAACCAUGUCUUGCUUGUUCCCACGACGGAAUGCCUAGUCGGCUCGCGCGACCGGGAAUCUGGCCUGUUAUAUUCGGAUCUCAUCGCGUCGGAGGAGUUUCUAGGAAGCCAUGUACUGCGGAUUCCCAUCAACCCGGGUUCGACGAUUGGAAAGGAGGACUCCAAUGUGCGCGAUAAUCGGGGGAAGGCGAAGCAGGUGACGACUUUCAAUGGAAGGACGGUGAUAAUCAAGGAGAACUCUAUUUACAGUAACAAAGGUGGGAAACCCAAGAACCUCCAGAGUAACUAUUCAUUGACCCAGAACUUUUCAGGCUUUAAAUCCCUUACUCAAGCUCAGCUCUUAUCUGACGCGCUUUACUACACAUCGUCCUCUUCCAGCGAUUCUCGGCCAUGGCUCAUAUACUACAUUUCGCGGCCAUUGAUCGGCUCUUACGACCCCGCCAGAAUAAUCCCAGCUACGGUUCCGGGUUCGAUACCAAUGCUGCCCACGUCGAAUAAAAAAAGGGCAGAAUCAUCUAUCUCGGAUAGGAAGGGUGCGACUGGGGAGUCGGUGCCUCCACCGAAGCAAGAGAUAAAAUUGUUUGGAGAACUGCUCGCCAAUUUUCCAAUGAUUGCACGGCAGAUGCAGCCCGGGCUUGAGCGACUAUUCCGUGAAUUUGGCAAGGAGCUUGGAAAACCGCUUCCGCCUCCUCCCUCUCGAUCGCCCUCUGCUUCUGGCAGCGAAAGCGAGAUGAAACUUUCUCGCGCGCAGACGCUUGCAGAUGACACUUCAUCAAUACGCAGUUGGUCCUCUCGCAACAGAGGUCGACUGCCAUUCAAUUCUGAAGAGUAUUUCGAGGAUGAUGAAGAUUUGAUGCGGCGGAGUCUGGAGACAGCAGUGACUGCAGCAAUUGAUCUUUUCCGGCUAGUUGAUAAGCAACAAUUGUCUUUACUAGGCGCCACUACGGACCUCACAGGCCCUUUGGUCGAGCGGCUCAUCGAACGUUACGUUGCCGAGCAAGUCCAUGAACCACUUCUAUUCCCGCGACUCUGUGCUUUCCGCCAGCCAGAAGAUUCAGAGCUGGACUCUAGGAUCCGACACAUGGAAAGUCUUGAUGUGAUACAAGUCGGAAUCACAGUUGAAGGCGGACGUGAAGGCAAAAGAGAGCUUACCCGUCGCAUCGGACGAGGAGUUGAUCAGUUUCGAAAAAUGGGCGAUGCAAGAGGCCCUCAUGAGAUGCUGAAUAUCCUCUUGGAAACCGUCAAAGUGGUAUCUUUCCCGGGCAGCUAUGACACUCUGGAUGGUUUUUCUUCUGAGAAAGGAAGAUCCUCUGUCACAAUCAAUGCCGAUGUCUUGGUGUCGUUGCUCUUAGUGGUUGUCAUACGAUCGCAAAUUCGACAUCUCCAAGCCCGCUUGCUGUAUAUGCAACAUUUCAUCUACAUAGAUGAUGUAGAAAGCGGUGAAAUGGGCUAUGCCCUGAGUACGUUAGAAGCAGUUCUGAUGUACCUUGUGACCGACUCGGCGGGUCUUCGUGUCGCGAGCGCUCGAAACCGUCGUCUCUGGCAAGCGACAAAGGCUGGCAGAAUCUCUGACAUGAAAAGUAUCUUGGAACCAAAUGGGAACCAUGUAUCCAUCGAUGAGACUGCUCCUCUUGAGCCCGAGCGCAAGUCCGUUUUCUUCCAAGAGGACGAAGAGCCGGACGAAUCUCCCUUCGAGACAUCUUCUAUGUAUAGCAGCUCGGUGCUCACCAACGGCGAUCCAUUGACCGAGGCUGCACUUUUUCAACCGCCACCAUUAGCCCAUGUGUUUCCUUUCCAGACCUGGGACGGAAAUCCUGCUCUCAAAGACACAAUACGCCCUGUCAAGAAGGUCUCGAUGGAUGUUCGCAGCUUGUCAGAAUCGUCGGCUGUCUCGUUCCUUUCCAGAACAAAUACAAUUGGAUCCAUGACCAGCAAUAUCGAGGGUGACAGUUCCAUAGAGACCCUUACCAAGACACAGGAUCCGACAGGAGACUCUAUUCCCAUGAUGGCAGUAGAGAGUGGCCAGACCGAAGCUUUGAAGUAUCUGCUGAGUCUAGAGGAAUACUAUCCCCUGGAAGAUAUCCUGGAAGAUACCAAUGCAGAUGGCACAACGUUGCUGAAUGCAGCUGUGCAGCUCGCACAUACUGAGGUUGUCGGCAUACUGCUUGACUUCCUGUUUAGCAAAACAGACGAGGCUGUGGUCGCCAAGUAUAUGACCAAAUCAGAUGUGCAUGGUCGAACUGUUGCUCACUAUCUGUUCAGCACACCUGGCCUAUUGGCUCGAUUGGGUGGCCUUCUACCAUGGCGCCAGCGAGACAAACAUGGUCAGACCCCAUUGUUUGCUCUAUGUCGCUCAUACGAUCACCCCGAGUACAAGGCCAUGGUAAAAACCGCCUUGACAGCAGCUCAGAGAGCCCAGGGUAAUGGGAAAGCACUACAACUUGAUGAUCAUGUCGAUGGGAAGGGCAAUACAUUGCUGCAUAUCGUUGGUGACCCCGAAAUCACAACACGGAUCUUGCAGGAGAGUGACUGCGAUCCAAACGCGACCAACGAUAAGAGAUUCACGCCCUUGAUGAUGGCUAGCAAAUAUGGGCGAGUCAACCAAGUCCGCAUUCUGUUCAUGGAUCCGCGGGUAGAUGUCCAUGUCAAAGAGGCUCGGGGACUGACAGCAGUUGAGCUUGCGAAGGAUGAUGAAGUUCGGAACCGAAUUGACGAUUUGAUUCUGCUGUCGCACCCGCCAUCAUCCUGUGGCGAUCCUUCGGGUCGUGUCACUACAGUGGUUCGAUCAUUCUUUGUCGAGGAUGCAACAGUUAGAUUCAUUCUAAAGUCCGGCGCACCGUAUCCGCCGUCGGAGUCAAUGGCAACGUCACGGCCAGGCUCGACGACCUAUACUGUCACGACGUGCCGGCGCAGCUUCGCCGACUUUGAGAACUUAGCCAAGUGGCUUGCAGUGGAGCAUCCUGCAUCGUAUGUUCCAUCACUCUCUGACUUCCGCAAUCCCUUCCAAAUUCACUCCAAGCCCUCGCGGUCCGUUCUCCAUGAUCUUCAGGAGAAGCUUGAUCGGUUCCUCAAGACACUGCUUGCCCAUCCGACGUUCUCCACGCACGAGAUGCUUUGGGAGUUCUUCCUCGUCCCUGAACUGCAACCCGAAAUGAUGGCCGACCGAUCCCGCCACAAAGCAGCAGCUUUAACGGAAACGAUCGCCGACGAAUUUUCACCCGUCAGUCAAGAGGGCAUGCGUGACACCGAACAGUUCAUCUCACACGCACAAGAAAUGGUUCGUGGUGUUCACGCCAACACUCGAAGUCUCAUUCGCCGCGGCCACGCCCUCCAAAACAGCGCCUCGGACCUAGCAGACGCCGUCUCUCUUUGCUCAUCCAUUCUCUCCACAUUCCAAGCACCAACCAACGCUCUCCCGUCAGUCUACAUAGAUGCUUUCACGCGCUACGGCACGUACCUCUCAACUUCAAGCUCCGACUCAUCUCCCCUCCUCCAAUACAUCGCCGCCUUAACCUCAAUCGACAACACCACUGCCGCAAUUCUCAGAUCGCUCUCUCGCCCUAGCGCCCUCAUCUCAUCUCUCCAAUCUACAACGCGCACAAUCUCCCGCAACCGCUCAUCCCUCCUCUCCUCUUCUCUCCCUCGCAAAUUCAACCUCAACCUCCCUGGCUUCGAAGAAUCACGCCAGAAAUCUGUCCGCGACCUUCAGCAGAAAAUCCGAGACGGCGAAGCCCAAGCCUCCCGCCUCGCACGCGAGAUCACUUGGAACAAGGACGUCGUCGUCGGCGAAUUAGCAGGCUGGACUACCUGGCGCGAGAAAGUUGGUCGGGAUGCCAUCCGUGCCUUUGUGAAGCAGACUCUUGUUAGGGAGAAAGAGCGCGGUAAACGCCUGGAGCGGUGUUUACGAAGUGUGCAAGAAGCCAAGUCGGCACUCUGA